UUUUUUCCACGCUCUGGUUUCCUGGCGACGCUGUCCGGAGUUAACCUGCACGCCUGCGCUCCCUCCCUCCCGACACCGUGUUAGUUGUUUGGCCCAGAGCGGCCAGCUGUCCUCCAGAAAAAGCAUCUUGAAGAAGAAGACAGAUUAUCACAGAUCUUCACAUCAAGUUCCAGAUCUGGCAUCUCUGGAUUUUGUGUUUUCAGUAAAGGAGACCCCAGGAGCACUGACCAGUCCUUGACUUCUAGAACUAUGGCCCACAGGCGGACCUCAUAAAAGAUAACCUGGCAAAAUGAUGAACCUGAGGCUUGAAAACAUUCAAACCUGCAAGCCUGAUUUUCUAAGGGACGCGUGGGUUUGGUGACCUUCUCGGAUGUGGCCAUCGACUUCUCUCAGGAGGAGUGGGCAUGUCUGGACUCCAGGCAGAGGGACUUGUACUGGGAUGUGAUGCUGGAGAACUACAGUAACCUGGUCUCACUGGGUAAGUUCCCUGCCUCGGACAACCCGGACUCUGUGCCCACACCAUCACCUUCCUCCACGGUGAGCUUCAGGACCAUCUUUCAAGAGCCUCAUUGAAUUUCUUUCUUCCUGCUCUCAAGGGACAUUUUGAGCUUUGUCCAGUCGGAAAUGGGCAUCACGUGUACACCUGUACCUCCUCACCCAUCUGCAAUCUUCCCACCGCUGUCUGGCCCUCAUAUUUGGAAUCACCGUACGAGACCAAGAGUUUACCUUCACAAAAGAACACUUAUGGGAUGAAUUUUUCCAAAGGGACCUCAAAUAGAAAAAGUAAAUCCCGUGGCCUUGACUGGACGUGUGAAGGUGAGCUGGACAGAUCACGGGCCCCUCAAGAGGGACGUGCCAGUCAAAGGAUAAUCAGCUGUGGGGAUACCCCCACUUAUAGAGAAAGCGCCCCUGUCCGGCCACAGCAGAGACUCCCUAACAGAGAAAAUUCCUAUGAAUGUAAGGAAUGUGGGAAGGCCUUUAGCCGAGGCUAUCAGCUUACUCAGCAUCAGAAGAUUCACACAGGCGAGAAACCCUAUCAAUGUAAAGAAUGUAAAAAGGCCUUCCGUUGGGGCAAUCAGCUUACUCAGCAUCAGAAAAUCCACACCGGCGAGAAACCUUACGAAUGUAAAGACUGCGGGAAGGCCUUCCGAUGGGGCUCGAGCCUCGUGAUCCAUAGGAGAAUCCACACGGGAGAGAAGCCCUACGAGUGUAAGGACUGCGGGAAGGCCUUCCGGCGCGGCGACGAGCUCACCCAGCAUCAGAGAUUCCACACGGGGGAGAAGGACUACGAGUGCAAAGACUGCGGCAAGACCUUCAGCCGGGUGUACAAGCUCAUUCAGCACAAGCGCAUCCACAGUGGCGAGAAGCCCUUCGAGUGUCAGGACUGCGGGAAGGCCUUCAUCUGCGGCUCGAGCCUUGUGCAGCACAAGAGAGUCCACACGGGGGAGAAGCCCUACGAGUGCCAGGAGUGCGGCAAGGCCUUCACCCGCGUCAACUAUCUCACCCAGCAUCAGAAGAUCCACACGGGGGAGAAGCCUCACGAGUGCAAGGAGUGUGGCAAGGCCUUCCGCUGGGGUUCGAGUCUCGUGAAGCACGAGAGAAUCCACACAGGGGAGAAGCCGUAUAAAUGUACAGAAUGCGGGAAGGCCUUUAACUGCGGCUACCACCUCACUCAGCAUGAGAGGAUCCACACCGGCGAAACGCCUUACAAGUGCAAGGAGUGCGGAAAGGCCUUCAUCUACGGCUCGAGCCUCGUCAAGCACGAGCGCAUUCACACGGGGUUUAAGCCCUACGGGUGUCAGGAGUGUGGGAAGGCCUUCAGUCACGGCCACCAGCUGACACAGCAUCAGAAAACCCACACUGGUGAGAAGCCCUCUGAAUGUAAGGAAUGUGGAAAGGCCGCAUGUAACCAUGGAAACCAGCUUCGAGAGCACGAGAGGAUUCCCGCCGUUGAAAAGCCUUUUGCCUACAAAGGCCUCCCUUCGACAUUCGUUUCUUCCACGACGUGAGGAAGAUUAGUGAUGAGAGUGAAUGCAAGAAAGCCUUCCCUGGUCGCUCUUCUGCUUAUAGACUGUCAGAAGUCGUGUGAGCGGUGAAUUUGGAGAAAUCGCUUUUUCUUAUUGAUCACAGCAUACUCAGCUGUCAGCGGUUAUCUCCUGGAUUAGGUUGGUUUCAAGGAGCGCAUAGAAACCUUCCAGCACCGCUUCAUCUCUGUUGUAUUUCAGAUGUGUUCUAAGGUGAAACUGUGCUAGUGGAACGUGUGUGGAAGAGCUUUUCUUGUGGUACUCACCCCAACCUCUUAGCACCACCCUCCCACCUCUCACUGCCUGAGAGACGCUGGGAAAAGGAGCUCUUACCCGCUGUGCUUUAUUCGUGAGGUGGGGAUAAUCACACCUACCUAAUACUACUGUUGUGGUGAUUAGAUGAGUUUGGUACAUGUGAACUCCCGGAACAUGUAUCUGGAAUAUUGUGUAAGCUCAAUAAAUAUUAGCUGCUGUUGUUGUUCUCAUUAGCAUUAGCAUUGCUAUUAGUUAUUACAGGAAGACAUCCUGUAGGGGCAGUGAGUUGAGAAGUCUAUCCGAGUUCUGUAAGAAAAUGUAGGGACUUCCUUAGUGGUCCGGUGGUUAGGACUCCGUGCUUCCACUGUGGAGUCUGCAGGUUCAGUCCCUGGUCAGGGAACUAAGAUCCCACAAGCCACAUGGUGCAGCCAAAAAGAAGAAGAAGAAAAUAGAGGAGAUUGCCAUAACCAUGGGGUGGGCAACAUUUCCUAGUACACAGAAAACUCGCAACCGAAAACAAAAAGUUAUUAAGUUGGAAGUUAUCUAAAGUUCAAAGUUCCGGUCAUCAAGUGGCAUCAUGAAGGUGAUGAAAAAGCAAGAAGCAAACUGGGAGAAGACAUUUACCUAAAUCUGACGAAGGAUUCACAAAGGAUAAAAAGAAUAAUUCAAGUCAAUAAUAAAACAGCAAAUCAAUUAAAAGGUGAAGGGAGGGGCUUCCCUGGCAGUCCAGUGGUUAGGACUCCACCGUUUCACUGCCAAGGGCAUUGGUUCAGCCCCUGGUUGGGGGACUAAGAUCCCACAAGCUGCACAGUGCGGCCAAUAAAAAUAAUAAAUACAAGGUGGAAGGAGAAUUAGGCAAACAUGUGAGAUCACCAAAUGUCAAGUAAGUUGAGAUGAGUUAAAUGUUAUCACUCCAGGGAUAUGCAAAGUCAGAUUGCCCUGGAAGUCACUAGACACCAGAAUGGCUGAUAUUGAAAUUACAUAUGAGCCAGUGUCUUUGCUGGAUGUUCACAUAUGGCCUGUUGAAGGAACAGAACCAGCACACUGGACCUCUUCAGGUCCUGGAGGUCCCAAAGCAGGGGAUUGGGAGGGUUGGGGAGGCCAGUGCUCCAGAGAUGCAAGUGGAUUUGCCCUGGGGGAGGGGCUGGGGCCCAGGGUCAAGUCCUGAGUGUGGAGGGAGCAGGUAGACUCAGAAGGGACCUGAGCUGUCUUAAGAGUUGUCAUUCAGUCACUCAGUUGUGUCUGACUCUUUGCAGCCCCAUGGUCUGCAGCACACUAGGCUUUCCCUGUCCUUCACCGAUUGCCAGAGCUUGCUCAAACUCGUGUCCAUUGAGUCGGUGGUGCCAUCCAACCACCUCAUCCUCUGUUGUCCCCUUCUCCCACCUUCAAUCUUUCGCAGCAUCAGGGUCUUUUCCAGUGAGUCAGCUCUUCUCAUCAGGUGGCCAAAGUAUUGGAGGUUCAGCUUAAAUAUCAGUCCUUCCAAUGAAUAUUCAGGGCUGAUUUCCUUUAGGAUGGACUGGUUUGAUCUCCUUGCUGUUCAAGGGACUCUCAAGUCUCCGACACCACAAUUCAAAAGUGUCAAUUCUUCGGUGCUCGGCCUUUAUUGUCCGACUCACGUCCGUACGUGACUAUUGGAAAAACUAUAACUUUGACAAUAUGGACCUUUGUCGGCCGUCUUAAGAGGGUCAGUCCUAAGUGAAGAUGGGGAUUGACUUGGGGAAAGGACUUGAGCCUGUGUGGGGAAUCUGAGAGUCUGGGCAGGGGAGAACUAGAGCCCACAGGAGUGAGUUUAAUAAGCUUGGAGCAGGGCUCACGGGCAUGGGUGGUGGAGCAGCCAGAGCUCAGACAGGUCUGGGAGACUGGAGAAAAGGAGAGAGUCCUGGAGAGGGAGCCUUUGAGAGCUGGAGGACUCGAAUGCCGUGGAUGAAUACAGCUUGGGAAACCUGGGAUGAGAGCUAAAGCCUAUGGGAGAACUGUGGCACAGGGUGUCUGGGUGGUUAGAGUCCAGAGGUGUGCCCUGUGAAGGCCAACAGAGGAUCCCGAACCCAGCUGAAGCCGGGCUUACGUGUGGCAUAUCUCAGCGUUGAGGUUACAGCUCCAUUAAAGCUGUUUUGUCCUUGGGUUAUGUAUAUCUUAAGGGCUUCCCAGGUGGUGCUAGUGGUAAAGAACCCACCUGCCAACAUAGGAGAUGUAAGAGACAUGGGUUUGAUCCCUGGGUCAGGAAGAUCCCCUGGAGAAGGAAAUGGCAACCCACUCCAGUGUUCUGGCUUGGGGAAUCCCAUGGACAGAGGCGUCAGGGGGGGCUACAGUACAUGGGGUUGCAAAAGAAACAUGGCUGAGCGACAAAACUAAAAAUCCUUAUCUUCAUUUAAUGAGGUUCACUUGCAAAUUCCUCUGGCGCCAUCUGUAGGCUGGUUAGAGUAUCUUCAUCAAAAGGAGAAUUGAUUUCCUGCCUUUGGACAGAGCGAUCUUUUUGUGUGUUUACUGCUUAAUUGCCUUCAGCUCAAAAUAACUUUUAUGUCAGGUAUAUUUUAGGAUGAUGUACCUGGUUUCCUUCAAUUAUGAUACAGGCAUUGUUUGCAAUAAAGAAAGCCAUGAAGUAUUUUUGUAUGUGUUCUUUUUGUAUAUCAUACCGUUUUAUACUGUUUAUGAAUUAGUUUAAUUUAGGUUUGUUUGCUGUGAGUCAAUGUGUGUGUGUGUGCAUGCGUGCUAAGUCGCUUCAGUCAUGUCCAAUUCUUUGUGACCCCAUGGACCGAAUGACAGCCUCC